UAAAAUAUAGUUAUUAUUGUCGAAAAAAAUGAAAAAUAGAGUGGUAUUAUUAAUUUAAAUACGGCACGAGAACGACGCAAAGCAACGUUCCAAUUCUUAAACCCUGAAUUAGCGGCUCUGCAGGUGUGGUGACGCCAUGGCCAAAGCUAUACAUCCCCACUUAGACAGAAUCCUUUGGAACGAAGACCAAAUCUCUCUGCGAGUCUCCCAAAUUGCCGCUCAAAUACUUCACGACUUUCCCGCCCCGUCACCUCCUCCCGUCUUUAUCGGCGUUGCCACCGGCGCGUUCCUCUUCCUUGCUGACCUCGUUCGCAAAAUCGACCUUCCAAUCACCGUUGACCUUGUCCGAGCUGAAUCCUACGGUUCCGGAACAGUAUCCAAUGGCGAUCCAAUCAUUUCUUCUCACUUGAAGGUUGAUGUCAACGGAAGCCACGUCAUCUUGGUUGAAGACAUUGUAGACACAGGGCAUACUUUAUCCAAACUAAUUGCACACUUGAAAUUGAAAGGAGCGUCCUCUGUGUCAGUAUGCACUCUACUUGACAAAACAGUGAGGAGAAAAGUUGAUAUACAGCUGGUGGGUGAAGGGAAAUUCUACCAAGGAUUUGAGUGUCCAGACUAUUUUGUAGUUGGUUAUGGAAUGGAUUUUGCUGAACUGUACAGAAAUUUGCCUUACAUUGGUGUCUUGAAGCCUGAACAUUACAGUUGAUGCUAUAUUUGUUCGAUGGCACUAACCACGUUUGGAACCACUAAGCAUACAACAUUAUUUUCUGAGUUUGCAUUCUGCCUAUUACACUUGUGAUUUGGGGAAUGAACCAACAAUAGAAACUAGAAGAAAUCGAAUAAGAUGGCUGUUAUGAAAUUAUAAAUAUUCUCGGGAAAUUUGCAGUUUCUUUUUAUAAUUAUUUUUUAUUUAAGCAAUAUGAUAGUGGAUUAAUAGAUGAAAGUGCUAAAUUUGCCUAACGGAUAAUGCGGAUGCUGAUAUAGACAAGACAAGUUUUCAUUUUCUUCUAA